AUGGAUCACCGACCGCAACAAUGGGGCCGUCCCAGAGACGACGUCUACGGCGCCUACGAUGCUUCAUACAUGCAGAACAACGGCCCAAACCAACACACGCAGCAGCCCAUCGUCACGGGAACGUCCGUAGUAGCCAUCAAGUUCAAGGACGGCGUCGUGAUUGCGGCCGAUAACCUGGCAUCCUACGGCUCCCUCGCCCGCUUCACCAACGUCAAGCGUCUGCGCACCUUCGCCGGCACCUCCGUGGUUGGCUUCGGCGGCGACGUCUCGGACAUGCAAUACCUCGACCGCCACCUGAACGAGCUCGCCAUCGACGAAGCCUACACGUCGGAGGCGGGUCACACGCUUAACGGCCGCAACCUGCACAAGUACCUGUCGAAGUUGCUCUACCACCGGCGCUCCAAGUUCGACCCGCUGUGGAACCACUUGCUGGUCGCCGGUCUUGACGAGGACGACAAGCCGUUCCUCGCUGCUGCCGACCUGCUCGGCACCACCUUCACAUCACCUAGUUUGGCUACAGGUUUCGGCUCGGUUCUUGCUCAGCCUAUCAUGCGCCGGUAUGCGCCGGAUGAGGAGAGCGCGGCAAAGUUGACUAAGGAGGAGGCGGUGGAUAUUAUCAAGGAGUGUAUGAAGGUCCUGUUCUACCGCGAUGCGCGUAGUAUGGAUGAGUACUCGAUUGCGGUGGUUACGAAGGAGGGGGUUGAACUCAAAGAGAAUGAGAAGCUCGAGAAGCAGAGCUGGGCUUUUGCUGAUCGGAUCAAGGGGUACGGAACGCAGACUGUGUAG